GCGACGCUAUAAUAGUUAGAUGUAACGGUUGUGUCAUUACAGAACAGUAUUACAGUAGGGGUUCGUGCGAAUAGUGGACGCGGUCGGCGCGUGAGUGCGCGAUUUACUCGAACGAAAUAAUAACCAAGUGAAUUUUUCAGAGAUGGCAGUCAAACCGUUGCUGAAGUACGCACCGCUUUUCCUGUUUCAAAUUAUUUUGGUGGUGUUGUUUUUCGUUUUCGUCAGAUAUGGAGAACCGAAAAAUAGUCCCGGUUUCGAGGGUACCCAUGUGAUGAUCUUCAUCGGUUUCGGGUUCUUGAUGACCUUUCUGAAGAAAUACUGCUACAGCGCCCUCGGCUUCAACUGGCUGCUGGCCGCCCUCGUCAUACAAUGGGCUAUGUUCUGCCAGAAUGCCUUUCACAUGAAAGAUGGAAAGAUUUUGGUGUCCAAAAUGGAAAUGGUCGAGGCCGACAUAAUGGCAGCGACAGUGCUCAUCACGUUUGGCGCUCUAUUGGGGGUCGCCAGCGGUGUUCAGUUGCUUUUCAUCGCCAUUGUCGAGACUGCAAUAGGCUGCGCAAAUUUGUAUCUGGUUGUUGAUGUUUUAAAGGCGGCGGAUGCGGGUGGUUCCAUAGCGAUUCAUACUUUCGGAGCAUACUUUGGCCUUGGCGUCAGCUUGGCAUUCAGGAAGAAGGCAGCACAAGAUGCUGCCAACAAUCCAGUAAGCCUGAACGCACCAAGCUACACCUCUGAUGUCACAGCUAUGAUAGGUUCAAUAUUCCUAUGGAUAUACUGGCCAUCGUUCAACUCUGCCUUAGUCGAAACCCCUGGAGAGUAUGACAGAGCCGUCAUGAAUACGUAUUUGUCAUUGGGUGCUGCUACGGUGGUCAGUUUCAUAAUGUCAUCAUGGCUGAGUCAUGAUGAGGGCAAAUUCGACAUGGUUCACGUUCAGAACUCCACACUGGCUGGUGGCGUAGCUGUUGGUGCUGUUUGCAACAUGCAUAUACAACCUGGAGGUGCUAUCCUUAUUGGCAUCGGCGCUGGUAUCCUUAGCGUAGCUGGAUACAGGUUUUUGACGCCAUGGCUUACAAAGAAAGGCCUCCUAGACACGUGUGGCGUCAACAAUCUGCACGGAAUGCCUGGAAUCUACUCCGGUAUAAUAUCUAUAAUAAUCGCUGCCUUGGCGACUAGUGAUGUAUAUGGCACUGAACUUGCGACGGUCUUCCCUGCCAUGGAUCCAAAACUGGAUGACCCUAGGAGUGCACAAAACCAGGCGUUGAUGCAAGCAGCAGCAUUAGGCGCCACAUUGUUGAUAUCAUUCGUCACUGGAUUGAUUACUGGAUUCAUCGCAAAGCUCCCUUGCUUCCACCCACUACCAGAAGACAAACGAUAUAACGACGAGGUCGACUGGGAGCUGCCUUCCUAAAGAACAAAAGAAUUGUAUGCGAGGAAUAUUACAGACGGACUGCUAUUGAUCUGCCAAAACCAACUGCAAAAUUACAAGUCGGAUGCAGAUUUUGUACAGAUUUUACAAUUGCAACCACAGAUAAUAUAAACAAUGAAGAUAUGUGCUUACCCCUAAAUUACACAAGUCCGCAUGUCGCUUGUUAACUUACUCUGAAGCGGCCACACCAAGACAUUUGUUCGACUGUUCAUUGCGUAGUAACACAAACACUAGUUGAGGUUGCGCGAUACUAAAGCAGGAAUGAAUGAUGUGGAAAGUUUUAUAAUAGGAUCGUUGCUUCAUAUAAAUUAUUAACGUUUUGUCCAUAUUUCGGCUAUGCUCCCGCGGCAUCUAUCUGUACUUUGUGAAUAGAACCGUUCUACAACCGUGCAGCUGGUUAGGUAAUGUGCAGUCGUUAGAACUAACUGCACGCUGACUGCAAGUCUGUCUGUAAUAAAUAACCCUUAGAAUCUUCAAGUAUAAUAGUAAUUACGUAAUAUUUGUUUCAAUAAUACAACCAUAAGUAUCUGACGGCGGCAAUAUCCGUAAGGUUUUUUAUCCAGUACUGUGAUCAGGGAGGCUUGACUACGUGAUCUCUUCUAAGAAAUAUAUGUCACGAACGAUCACUGGCCAAGAAGUUAAUACCAUCUGAAACAAAGCUACAAUUAUUAUGUAAAAAAAAAGAUGUGAACAAUAAAUAUGACUUGUUUUUAUAACGCUCAUCCGUGCUUAGAGAAAUUGACAGAGAGAAAACGCGACGCUCGAUGAUGCGACGACGAAUUGGAACCCUGGUCUUGGCUUCACAAGAUCUGCACGUUUAAGUCCUGUCCGAAUCAGACUGUUUAGAUUAAAUUUUCUCUUUGGCACGAAUGAUACUAGAAUCAUGUUCCCGGAUCCGGUAAUCUGACAAAAAAACGGACGUGUAUUGCUGAUCUAAGCGAACUUCCUCAUAACGCGAAACAAUUCGUGCGACAUCCGAACAAAUUACGUUUUCGAAGUAUUAAUACAGGGUAAAGACUACCUACAUGUACUUUUUACAAAUUGUCAAAACAUGUCUUAUGAGACUUAUGAAAUUAUGAGUUAUGAUGUUGCUAAAAAUGUUCACGUCUACUACUGGUUGGUAUCUUUACCCUGAAAUCGGACUUCCAUUCGGUACUUGUACCUAAGUGUUGAUCGUAUUUAUUAGUUUGUAAUUGUUUUUUUUUCUUAGGUUUAAAGCUCUCUACCAAAGGUGCUAAAAUGUUGCUUUGUUGUGAGAUGUACUCAGAUAUAAGACAUUUUGUCUUGAAACAGCAAUAAAACUUCUUCAAGUUCUGGUGGAAAAUUGUUCAAGGACGCAUUUUUUUACACUAAUCUUUGAAGUCAGGUCCAGGUUGCGAUUUAGUAAUAAUAUGAUCUUAGAAUGUGAGCUGAGGAUGUAAGUUUAGGAUGUGAGUAUGGACACGAAAAGAUGACAAACCACGAUUCCAAUAAAGUUGUAAAUGUAAUGUAAUUUACAAAUGUACACUAAAUACUUACACUGUCCACCAAAGAGAAUUCUAACAAUUAUGUAAAGCGUACCAAUUUUAGAUAUAAUUAAUUAUUUUGUAUAUAUCAUAAUAAUGAUGAUGGAGGUAAUAAAUCUCUUCACAUA